AUGCGUACUUGCGAGCCCAUAAGGGUGGAAAUGUGCAUGACGUGGUACAACACGACCGCAAUGCCCAAUCUAGGAGGCAACGACAUUCAGAAAGAAGCCGAAUUGCAACUGCAGUCCUUCCAGCCUCUGAUCCGGUACGGUUGCAGCCAGAAUUUGAAGCUCUUCCUGUGUUCCGUUUACGUGCCCAUGUGUACCGAGAAGGUGACCAACCCCAUCGGUCCCUGUCGAGGUCUAUGCGAGGGUGUGAGAGCGAGAUGCUUACCCAUAUUGCAGGGAUUCGGGUUCUCGUGGGCAGAUGCGCUGAAUUGUUCCAGAUUUCCGGAGACGAAUAACCAGAACCACAUGUGCAUAGAGGGGCCUGGCGAUGAGAUUGACAUAACAGCCCCGGUGGAUCCUGCCGUGCAGAAAUUCGACUGCGAUCCCCACAGGAUGAAGAACGGCGAGGGGUGUUUGCCUGGGUGUCAUUCUAAUUCGUAUUUCGAUGAAUCCGAGAAGAAAUUUGCAGAGGUUUGGGUGACGGUGUGGGCCCUGAUCUGCCUGGUCCUCAGCCUCGGCUCGGCGCUGACCCUGACCGUGGGCGGGGGCCGCGUCAAAGCCCGCCCGCUCGUCAGCCUCGCGCUCUGCUACGUCAUGGUGAGCAUCGGGUGGGCGUUGCGCAUGUUUGCGGGCAGGAGCUACGCCGUGGGCUGCCCCAAGGCGCCCGAGGACGGUCUGUCGAACAUCAACUGCGCCUGCGUCUUCCUGCUGCUGUGGGUCUGUCUCUGUGCUUGGUGGGUCGCCAGGGUUGGUCUGUCAUGGCCACCAGAAAAGAUGAGAAGUCUCAGCUCCGCGCUGCACGUCUGCGCAUGGGCACUACCUGCUGCUCAAACUGUAGCGGCACUGGUUAGACGAGAUGUAGAUUCGGAUGAAUUGACAGGAACCUGUUACAUCGGCAACAAGAAAACCUCGACCCUCCUCUCGCUGGUCCUCCUCCCCUACUUCUUUUACUUCGCCUGCGGCACCAUCCUCCUUUUCUUGGGCUGCAGCUACGUCAUGAGAAAGCCGCGCUCCCUAGCGGCCGCUCCCCUAACUAACGCAGCACCAAGAAAAGAGAGCGACUUCCUCGGCGCCAUAUGCACCCUCUACGCUAUCCCGACGUUCUGCGUCAUGGCUAGCAUCUACUACGAGUACAACAACAGAGACAAAUGGAUAUCAGGGGAGAGGAAACCAGCGUUGUGGGCGUUUUUGCUCAAGUACUUCAUGGUGCUGUUCAUCGGCGUGAGCAGCGUUUUCUGGAUAUGGUCCAUGAAGAGCGUCACCGCAUGGAAAGCCGUCCUGAGAAGACUGGGGCCGAGGAAACAGCCUCCUCUGAAAGUGCAGACGAUGCCUCAGGUCAUGAGGUAUAUGCCUGCUCAAACUUUGUCCAGCAAUCUGAGCACUACCUCGAAACAUUCGAGCAGAUCACAUUCACACAGGAAACCGAGGUUACAUCAUAUGAGGUCUGGUAGCGAAACUGUCAUUUGA